AUGGCAGACGCAAACAUAGAAAAAGAUAUCCCCCACAGCACCGGCGCAGACGCCAACGGCGCCCAUCACAAUGCCCAGCCUGCCCAGCGCUACAACAACUAUGGCAACCCUCUCGCCCACGCCCACAGCGGCAACGAUGCUCGCCUCCCUGCCUUUGGUGGUGAGUUCCAGCCCGGUCUGUACAAGGCCAUUGAGGGCCGCAAGCUCGCCAACCCCGCCCCUCUCGGCCUCAGUGCCUUCGCCCUGACUACUUUCGUCCUCUCCGCCAUCAACCUCCAGACCCGUGGUGUCACCGCCCCUAACAUCGUCGUCACCCUGGCCUUUGGUUAUGGCGGGCUUGUGCAGCUCCUGGCUGGCAUGUGGGAGAUGGCCGUAGGAAAUACAUUCGGUGCUACCGCUCUCUCGUCCUACGGUGGCUUCUGGAUCUCGUAUGCCCUCAUCCUCACGCCCUCUCUCGGUGUUGCAGCUGCCUAUGAGGGCACAGACACCGAGACCAGCGCCCUUGGUCUCUUCCUGACCGGCUGGUUCAUCUUCACCACCAUCUUGCUGCUCUGCACGCUGCGCUCCACCAUCAUGUUCUUCAUGCUCUUCUUCACCCUGGACCUCGCCUUCUUGUUCCUCUUCUGCUCCGAAUUUGCCAAGAACAACGGCGCUGCUACUACCUCUCUCGGCCUGCAAAAGGCCGGCGGUGUCUUCGGCAUGCUGGCCGCCUUCUUGGCCUGGUACAACGCGUUUGCUGGUAUCGCAGACUCCAGCAACUCAUUCUUCCUCAUCCCGGUCUUCCACUUUCCAUGGAGCGAGAAGGGCCGCGAGAACCGCCUCGCUAAGCAGGCUUCGCACACAGUUUGA